UGCCGGAGGUGCGGCACACAAUUAGCCCAGCUUCGUCCGGGUUUGGCCGUCAUUGUAAAUAACAAUUUGUUCUUAACUGACUUGCCUAGUUAAGUAAAGGUUAAAUAAAACAAAAACAUUUAAAACAAUACUGUGGUCUCUGUAGUCAGGAACUUGAGAGAAACACAGCGGGUGUGGUUUGGUUUCCACUAGUUACCAAAACUACAAAGUGUAAAAUAAAAAAAAAUCGUCAAAAUGUAUAUUAACAAAAACAUAGCUUUUUUGGCUUAAUUUGUGGUUAGAGUUAAGCAUAAGGUUAACAUUGUCAGGUUUCAAAUCUAAUUUUAAGAAGCUACAUUUAAGAAAAGGGCGGAGUUUAUAACUCUGUGGCUGUGGUAACUGGUGACGACCGACUACUGAGACAACAAUAACACUUUUACAUCGGAUUCAGCCUAUUCUUUGACAGGCCAAAGCCAACAACAUCAGUGAAUGUGUGCUUUCAUUCUCAUGCUGAUUGAUGGGUGACACGCGUCGAAUUGUAGGUGCUACAGCCUGACUACCCAUACUGCCCUAGUCCCCAGUGUCAGCCUGACUACCCAUACUGCCCUAGUCCCCAGUGUCAGCCUGACUACCCAUACUGCCCUAGUCCCCAGUGUCAGCCAGACUACCCAUACUGCCCUAGUCCCCAGUGUCAGCCUGACUACCCAUACUGCCCUAGUCCCCAGUGUCAGCCUGACUACCCAUACUGCCCUAGUCCCCAGUGUCAGCCUGACUACCCAUACUGCCCUAGUCCCCAGUGUCAGCCUGACUACCCAUACUGCCCUAGUCCCCAGUGUCAGCCUGACUACCCAUACUGCCCUAGUCCCCAGUGUCUCCUGAGUCUUUCCCCCACACUAUGGACCUCAACCUUGGGUAGAGCAGUCCUACACACCCCUGGAGAAACAUUCCACCCUCUCUCCUUUCCUCCCUCUUCCCCCUCCCCUGUCUCUGUUCUUCUCUCUCCUUGUCUCCUCCUCUCCUCCUCCUGUCCCUCUCCAUCCCUCUCUCCUCGCUUGUCUCCCUUUUCCCCCUGUGUGUGAUGAUGGCUGAUGGUACAGAGUCUCUACAGGCCAGUGUAAACUCCUACUGGGCAGCUUCUCCCAUCCACGCCUCCGCUAUGUCUGACGAGGAGACCGAGGGACAGGACACUGAUGAGAUAGACAGGGCCCCUCUCCUGCCCAAGCAGCACCAUGCAGGACCCCCGGGGGCCACCGGGCGGCCCCUAGCCUCCCGCCACUGUCCAGAAGACUCCUACUGUAUGGUGUACAUGAUCUUCUUCCUGCUGGGCAUCGGCUCCCUGCUCCCCUGGAAUUUCUUCAUUACGGCUAAACACUACUGGACCUACAAGCUGAGCAAUAAUACAGACGGGCACGGAGAGGAGCCGCGCUCAGACCUUAGUGAGUACUUUGAGAGCUAUCUGGCCAUAGCCUCCACAGUGCCUUCGGUCCUCUGUCUGGUCCUCAACUACCUACUAGUUAACAGGUUGUCCCCAGCGGUGCGUAUCCUGUCGUCUCUGCUCAUCAUCUUGGCUGUGUUCAUAGUUACCACGGUCAUGGUCAAGGUGGAUUCCUCUGGCUGUAGAGAGCAGUUCUUCUUUGGGACGUUAGCCAGUGUUGCUAUGGUCAGUGGGGCAUCCAACCUCUUCUCGGGCUCUGUGUUCGGGAUCAGUGGGCAUUUCCCCAUGAGGAUAUCACAGGCACUCAUAUCAGGCCAGGCUAUGGGUGGUACUAUCAGUGCGGUAGCCUCCAUAGUGGACUUGGCAGCAGCUAAAGAUGUGACUGACAGCGCUCUGGCUUACUUCCUGACGGCUGAUGUCUUCAUCCUUGUCUGUAUCCUCAUGUACCUGCUGCUGCCUAAACUGGAUUACUCACGGCACUACAUGCUGGCAGCAGAGUACAACAAGUCAGGGUCUAUACCAGAGCCCCGCGGUGAGACGGACGGCCUGGAGGGAGCACCAGCGAGCACGGUCUCCUCCGUGUCCAUCCCGCCUCUAAAACCCAUCCUUCAGAAGACAUGGCUCCUGGGUCUCUGUGUCUUCUACGUCUUCUUCAUCUCUAUAAUGGUGUUCCCUGCCGUCUCCUCUGGGAUCCAGUCUGUUAACCAGAAGAGUGGCAGCCCCUGGACAACAACAUACUUCACCCCCAUCACCAGCUUCUUCCUCUACAACGUGGCUGACUUCUGUGGUCGUCAGGCCACGGCCUGGCUGCAGGUUCCAGGCCCCACCAGUAGGGUCCUCCCCGCCCUGGUCCUCUCCCGGACAGUCCUGGUGCCUCUCCUCAUGUUCUGCAACUACCAGCCCAGAGACCACCUUCACAUGGUCCUCUUCAGCCACGACCUCUUCCCUGUCUUCUUCAUCUGUCUUCUGGGCAUCACCAACGGGUACCUGGGCACCUUGCCCAUGAUCUACGGGCCCAAGGUGGUGCCACGGGACCUGGCAGAGCCCGCAGGCGUGGUCAUGAGCUUCUUCCUGACGUUGGGACUGGCUGUGGGAUCGGCCUUCUCUGUGUUGAUAGUACACUUCAUCUGAAGAGGAGGAGGAGACGGGAGGAGGAGGAGACGGGAGGAGGAGGAGACGGGAGGAGGAGGAGACGGGAGGAGGGGGAGACGGGAGGAGGGGGAGACGGGAGGAGGAGGAGACGGGAGGAGGAGGAGACGGGAGGAGGAGGAGACGGGAGGAGGAGGAGACGGGAGGAGAAAGAUGGCAAAUCCAGACUGACUUCUCCAACAAACUUGGUCUCCAUGCAGAAUCCAACAUUUGUUCAUAAACGUCAAAUUGCGAAGGUUAAGUUUAGGCAUUUACUCUGAAUGGUUAAAGUUUGGGAUUAGGGUUAUAAAAAAAUAAUAAUAAGUACUGGGAUUGAACUCAUGACCCUCGGUGUCGAAACUCACGGCAUACGCCCAUCCUCCAUCCCAGUCCACAACGCCCUACACUCACCGUUGUUCCUACUGGCCCGUUUUGAAGUCAUCUCCCGACGUCCUGCUUACCUUGGACGGACGUCGAAUUUCACUGUGGAUCUUGGGCGACCUGGCUGGACUUCUCUGUCCUCAUAGUCCACUGUAUCCGAGGAGGAGUGAGGCCCAGACUCAAUCAGAUAAAGUGAUAGCUGACACCCACGUAAAUGUAUGGAUUUUUUAAAAUGAUUUGACUAAAGGCAUUACACAGUUGGUUCAGUUCUCUCCGUGUAAUAUAAAAAGUCAUCUACAUUUCCUGUUUUGAUAGUUUCAUAAUAAAUGGUUGCGGUAA